AUGGACGAAACAUAUAUUUUCCCAGACAAGACAAAUCUUCAUCCUGAGAAGACAAAUCUUAAUCCUGAGAAGACAAAUCUUAAUCCAGAGAAGACAAAUCUUAAUCCUGAGAAGACAAAUCUUAAUCCAGAGAAGAACCCAGUCCAGGCAUUGAAGGAACUCUGCGAGAAGAACUCGUGGAAAAGUCCAGAAUAUAUCGACAUGGAGGAAAGCGGUGAACCGCACAAUAAAAGGUUCCUCGCGACGAUUUUUGAAGAGAAAAAGGUACAUGAGAGGAAGAUGAAACAUGGAAAAUUCUUGGUGCUCCCGGACUUGACGAAUUUAAAGGAGAAAGCAAAGGCACGAAAGUCGACAUCGCACAGUAGAAUGACAAGUACAUGGAGUUUGGUUUUACGAGGAUUGGAGAAGGGGAUCCUCAUUCGCAAAGUCAUUGAGCAAUGCAUUGUGGCAGGAAAGCGUCUAUGGGAAGGGAAGGAAGGGGUGGGGGGGGAGGCGGGAUGGAAGCGGAUUUUCGACAUCACAUUGGAAAUUGGGAGAAGUUCCGGCACGGGGCCGAGGAAGAAGCCUGCAUCUGCCAUGAAGCGUCGGGGCCGAACUUCGGUGCGACGGGGUGCUCCACCUGCCACACCUUCCUCCAUUCAACAGAGGCAGCGUCUUGCUCCCGGUUCAAUGCUCUUGCCAGAAGGCCACAUUCCCCCGUUUCCCAUCAACUUCCUUUCCGAUGAGCUGCUUGGUAAAGUCUUCUCCCAUCUGGAUGACGUUUCCCUCGCCUGUGCCUCGCUCGUGUGCAGGCGGUGGUCGAACAUCCUCUCCGACGCGGCUUGGAUGUGUGAAUGGCACAGGAACACACACGACCGCUGGCCGCUAUUUCGCCCAUCGCCUCAGCGGAGCCCUUGUGGAACGAUGCCCACGUGUCAAAAGCAGGACUUCCCUUGGCGGCGCGUCUACACCAACCUUUUCCAUAGUGCUCCUUGCAUUUAUUGCCUGUACCAAAAUGUGCAGCAGCAUUCUUGGGAUGAGUCGUGGCUGGGGACCUCUGAGGUUCCCGAGAAUUCGGAAACACCUCCCCAUCAAAAACGCUUGCAAAAAGAGUUCCGAAACCUUUCCGAGGAUCCCUCUGAGGGCAUUCAGGCACAACCUCUGGACUCUUCCCUUCAGCACUGGCAGGCAUCCAUCGUCGGUCCCUAUGGAAGUCCAUACGAGGGAGGUCGUUUCUACUUGUCCCUCUGGUUUCCCAUUAAUUACCCCUUCAAACAGCCGCUGGUGAGGUUUCUCACCAAGGUCUUCCACCCGAACGUGAGUCGACAUGGGGACAUCGGGAUCGACUUCCUCCGGGGAGAAUGGAAGCCCUCUUGGUCUAUCUGCAAAAUGCUUGUCAGCAUUCAGAGCGUCUUAACCUUUCCGCUUUGCAACGUGUGCAUGGAGCAAGCCAUCGGAGACCUGUGCUCGAGCGACCCGGAGACUUUCUCACGGAUCGCGGCCGCUUGGACUCGCCGAUACGCGAUGCACGACUCUUUCCUCCGUUGA